ACAGGUUGGGCCACAACAGGUUUGGGCUGCAGCGGGGGCGGCCGCCGGCCUCGCCUGCCCCGGCGUUUGGAGGAGGCAGCGGCGGCGCUGGGAGGCGUCGAGGGGCCCUGGGACGCCUCCCCGGGCUCCCCAGCCCAACCUUGGCCAGGCAGGUCCGGGGGCCCCGAGGGGCGGGGACCAUGGAGACCCUGCGCCGAAGCCUGUCCCGCUGGAAGCGCUACCACAUCCAGGUGCACGUGUCCGAGGAGGACCUGCUGCUGCCGCUGACGGUGCGGCCGGCUGACACCGUGAGCGACCUGCGGGCCCAGCUGGUGCGCCAGGGGGUCUCGUCCUGGAAGAAGGCUUUCUACUACAACGCCCGGCGGCUGGGCGAGCAGGACACCCUCCGCGAGGUCAACGUGCAGAACGGCUCCGUCCUGCUGCUCGUCAGUGACGCCAAGUGCCCGCUGGAGCCGAGGGACAGGCCCGCGCCGCGGCUGGACGGGGAGCAGCAAACUGGACUGAAGACGAUGAUUGAGUGGGUCUGACCAAGAUAACUACCCCAGUUACAGAAGCAGCCGUGAGGUUUUGUGUGUCUCCUGCUCACUCCCAUCAGGAGCCCCCUUCCUCAUUUACGUCCUUACCCAUGUCCUAUGGGGAAGCAGAUGGUAUAGGCGGGUCCUAUGCUGUCCAGUCCUGGGCCAGCCCCAAGAAUCUGGGACCAAGACUUGGGUCUCUGUGGGAGGGCUUCUCUUUCGUAUGUCCUGGUGCUUUUGGUGAUCACCAGCCUGCACAUCUAAUAACCUCGCGCAGGGGAUAAGGGGUGGAGGGCCGUGAAGGGGUCCAGUGAGCAGGGGCUGGAAUCUCAACUCUUCAAGCCAGACCAAGUCAGAUCUUCACCUGGAACCUGAAUCUCUGGUAGCUUCCUUGGUGCCGCUCCAUGGGGGUGGAUUUGAGGGCGUCUGACUUCACUUGAUCAAUAGUGGACACAGUAGUACUUGGCAGGAUCCCCCACGUUCUGGGCAGACCACAUCGACAUUCCAGGUGGCAUAGCCCACUGUUCCAAAGUUGUGGGCGUUCUGACAUCUCAGGGACAUUGCUCCAACAUCCUGGGCGGAAUCCCCAUCCCGAAACUUUUCUUUGUCUCAAGGAGAACUUUGGACUCUUGGCCACUUCCUACCUCAUAGCUUUUAAAGCAGGGCUGGAGAAGGUGGUGUCCUGGGUGCAUCUCUGAGUGGAAAUAUUUAUAUUUCAAGCAUUGGUAUCGAGUGGAAGCCGAUAACCAGCCCUGCCUGAAGAGAAAUAGUGUUUUAAUUAAGAGUCAUGUUUACUAUGGAAUGAUUGUACAGGUGCAGAAUAAAAUAGGGGAGCUGGUGAGAGGCAGCUUGCAUUUCAAAUGAUGGAUCUGUGAGCCAAGAAGCUAUGUUGCUUAUCCUAGAAUAGCUUCCCUGGCACAAAUCCUGUGGGGGUUAAGGCUUCUUCAUGCCCCUCAGUCUGCCUAUCCUGGACCCUGGAGGGUAUGGGUGGGGGAAUGAGCACUCGUUCUAAUUCUUUUAUCUAAAAAUAAAAGAAUUAGAACGAGUGCUUCCACGUUUGCAAUGACUUUUUCUUAACCAGACGCCCUAGGAGAUAGGUAAUGCUAGUAUUCCCAUUUUACAGAUGAGAAAAUGGAACUUUCAAAUGAUUAUCUUGUCCAUACUCAUGCAGCUAGAGUGUCAGAGAGGAUUUGAACUGAGGUUGUUCUGACUCCAAAUUUUGGGCUCUUUCUAGUAUGGCAGAGUCUUCCAUAGACCUAGAACACUGUAAACUUACAAAAAUUGGUAAAAUACAAAUGCUAGAACCUGGAUAAACCAUGGGUCCUCUGUGCUUCUGGAUUUGACAUUUGAAUGAUGGAAUCAGACUGAGUUCUUGGCGAGUGAGGACCUGGUCUUCUUUUUCUGUUUACCAUAUUGGCUGACACAGACCUAGGCAUAGAGAAAAUUCUUAGAUUUGUGGAAAGCUGCAAACCAUCAUGGAAAUAAAAAAGUUUUAUACUUGGAAUUUAAAGUCCUGGGUUCAAAUUUCAACUUUCCCCUCUUAUUUCUCCCUUGUGUAACCCCCUCCUUUAAAAAAAAACAAACAUCUUUUUAUUUUGCUAAACUUUGGCUAAAAUACCAUAACCUCACUUUCUAUGGUUUUACUAUGUGCCCAAUGGACAGAUCUUCUUAAGAUCAUCUUCAUAACAUUUUUCAUGUUUCAAGAGAUGAAAAUAACUGUACAAGAUUAAGUACAAAAUAGACACACAAUGUCUGUGUGAGAUUUUACUUCCUCUGCAGCUUUACAUUUGAAACAACGUAUUAACUAGAAAUAUUGUCCUUCUGUAGUUUUGUCAAAUUUAAUGGAAAUAGGUUCAUUAUUAAUGUCAGUAUCACUGGUCUGAUAUUUACCCCCAAAAUUGUAUUUUUCAAUAAAGACAGUGCACCAUCCAUGGAA